UACUCCCUCUCUGUCUCUCUCUCUAUAACCCAUCAGGCGCCAGGCGCCACUUCUCUCUCUCUCUCUCUCUCUCUCUCUCUCUUCGUUCUCUCAGAAACCUCAUUCACCUUAAUUUGCCAUUAAACCCACCAAGAAAACCCCGCCACUUCUAUCUCUUCAAGAAUCGAAUCAAAUGAAUUUUGCGAUGGAAGAGCAUGAAAACAACAACAACAACGGUGGUGACAUAUCGCAGAAGGCAAAGAAGCACAAGGGAAAGCACGACAAGCCAAAGCCUUGGGAUGAUGACCCCAACAUCGACCGCUGGACUAUUGAAAAGUUUGACCCUUCUUGGAAUGAAUCCGGAAUGCUUGAACUCAGCUCCUUCUCCACUCUCUUCCCUCAAUACAGAGAAAAGUACUUGCAAGAGGUUUGGCCAACUGUGAAAUCUGCUUUGAAAGAGUUUGGCGUUUCAUGUGAACUUAACUUAGUCGAGGGGUCCAUGACAGUGUCAACAACCAGAAAGACUAGGGACCCAUAUAUUAUCAUCAAGGCUAGGGAACUUAUUAGGCUUUUGUCAAGAAGUGUCCCUGUUCAUCAGGCAAUAAAAGUACUAGAUGAUGAAGUGCAAUGUGACAUCAUCAAGAUUGGUAACUUGGUCCGCAGUAAGGAACGCUUUGUCAAACGAAGACAACAUCUUGUGGGUCCUAAUUCUUCCACUUUAAAGGCACUGGAAAUACUGACAGGCUGCUAUAUUCUCGUUCAGGGCAAUACAGUUGCUGCUAUGGGUUCAUUUAAAGGUUUAAAGCAAGUUAGGCGGAUUGUGGAAGACUGCAUACUAAAUAAAAUGCAUCCGGUAUACCAUAUCAAGGUUCUUAUGAUGAAGAAAGAGCUUGAGAAGGAUCCAGCACUUGCAAAUGAAAACUGGGAUAGGUUUCUUCCAAAAUUCAAAAAGAAAAAUGUUCAACAAAAGAAGCUCCAAACUAAAGAGAAGAGACCAUAUACACCUUUCCCUCCUCCACAACAACCUAGCAAGAUUGAUGAACAAUUGGAAAGUGGAGAAUUCUUCAUGUCCCAGAAAAAGAAAUCAGCAAAGACAUGGCAAGAGAAGCAGGAGAAGCAGGCACAGAAAACUGCAGAAAACAAAAGAAAAAGAGAAGCUGCAUAUAUUCCCCCAGAGGAGCCAAGAAAGCAGGAUACAAAAUCUGAGGAUGGUGAUAAAGAUGUGGCAGCCAUGGCUAUGUCUCUAAAGAAAAAGGCGAAGGAGUUUGGGAAGCAAAAAUUGGGUGAGAAUGUCAAUGCUGAAGUUUAUAUUGCCGCAGUUGGGGAACCUUCCAAAAAGAAAUCCAAGCGCAGAGAAACUUAAAAUAUAAAGCUGAAGCUUUUUAUUUCUGUCAGACUAAGUAAAAUGUGUUCACUGUUUGGUUUUAAGUCGGCUGUCUAUGAUUGGCCAAGCUUGCAUGCCAUGAUUCUUAGAUGUUAGAAAAAUUGAAUUAGAGUUCUAAUUUUUGCCCUGCAUGAGAAGAAUGUAAUUUACCGAUAAAGCAUUGACUUCAACAUCUACAAUUAAGAAAUUUUCUUUUAGUUCA